UGUAUAAAAUACAUGCUGCCUUUGUUGCCGCUUGUCACCCGCACUUCUUCUCUCUGCCCGUGACUGCCAUAUUCGUAGUGACCAGUUCUGGACUAGCGCGGUCCGCUGCUACUACUGCGACCUCACCUCCCACCACCCAACGCUCUCUCACUCACCAACCUCUGGCUGUCUACUGGCCUUCUCCCCAGCAUCGAUCUGCGGCUGUCUUUUGCCAGAUACUGCUCGCUGGCCGCACGCUGCCCCUCAGACAACAUGGCUACCCAGGGAAGCUCUCGCAAGCGCCCUGCUUCUGACAGCAGCACGGACACCACCGUUGGUCAUAAUACUACUUUCUCGGGACCAGCGGGUGGCUCGUCGUCGUCGAACAAGCGCUCCAAAGGCAACUCGCACGCAACUAUCAAGAACGCCCAGGAUGAUGUCUCUGGUCAAACUGCUGUCUUUUUGCCUCAGACGAGCUUCAUUCAUGAAAAGGUUACCGAGUUCAUGGACGAAAAAGAGAAACGCAAGAGGUUUAUCGUCGAUCAUGUCCGUGAUUAUCUCGCUGAUGCAGUGGAGGAUGCAAUGGACGAUCCCCCGGCUCUUGAGGCUCUCAUCGGAAAUAAGGUCCGGGAAAUGGCAAAGAAGAAAGUUUCGGAAUACACCAAGACACCGGGCUGGAAAAAUACCGUCCGGAGUGUUCUCGACACAACUGUGAAAGAAGAGUGGUUCGAUACGGCAAUCGAUGAGCUGGUUGAUCAAAUCAUCGUUGAGGGGGUGCGGAAAGCCCUUUUCGAGGAAAUCAAGAAUGCGUUCAGAGGAGAGAUCUAAA